UGCCACAGUACACAAUAUAUUGCCGACGCGAACGUGUGUAGUGCUCGCAACGAAACUGGUCGCUCAUUUUCAAAUACAUACUCCCGCCACACCGCCGCAUUUAUAGCACACCAUCAUCUCGUUGUGGAUCUUCAAAGUUGUCAGUGCUUAAAGGAAAGCAAACCAAAAACAAAAUACCAAGAAAACGAUACCGAUACAUGCUGCAUCGGUAUAUUUUAGUCGUUUAGUCAAGUAAUAAUACCAGAAACUGAACUCAAAAAUAAUUGAAAAUCGGUGAAGAGCUAAGUUUCGUUGGUGGCACGAAUAAAUAGAAAGUAUGUGAGAUAUUUGGGACAAUUUUGCAAAGCGAAACUAACUGUUUAUUCAUGCGUAUGUGGUGAUUUAACUGCAAUGAAAUAUAUGUAUGAAUGAACGAGUACAUUAUCCUUGUAAUUCUGUUAUAUAUGUAUGUAUGUACAUAAGUAUGUAUUUGCAGUAGUGAUGUUUAUACGUAGGUGUAAGCGAUAGAAGACAGGUUUCAACGAAAAUGUCUAUGCCUACAAUCAUAAUAUACAACGUAAACAUACUAUGCUACCUACGUUUAUGCAUACCUACAUACUUGCAUAGACACAUACAUACAUGUAACAAUUUCUAGUUUGUGUGAGGAAGUGGGCUGUGAAAACCAGUUGCAAGUAAUUUUCGAUGGCAAUUAGCCAAAUUUCAUAGCAAAUGUGUGCAAAAUUAUACACAUGUGUACACACAUACAUACGUGAAUAUGUAUAUACACACUCCCAGCGAAAAAUUAAAACCAAUGUUAUCGUCAAAAUGUUUAUAACGGGUGUGACUAAAAAAGUGCGAAAUUCAUGCUCAAAAGAAGAAAUUAAAUAAAUAAUAUACAUAAAUAUCGCCGACAGAUGUGAAAAGCAGCGAUUUCACUGUCUCAAAACAUGCUCAGUAGCAGUGAACUAAUUUUAAAUUUUUGUUUUCCUUUUUGAUUAUAUCGUUUUUUAAGUUUAUUGACGAGCAAUAUUUUUACCUAAUAUGCACGUACAUACAUGCCUGUACAUACUUACUCAUGCAUCAAUAAUUGUAGGCAGACACCACUCACUAAUACUCAAUGAAUAGACGCGGAGAUCAUCACCAAAAGCAAAGAUGCUAAUAGCACCCAAACUGAGAACAAUAAAAAAAUUAAUCACCAAUGACGUUAGAGUCGAAAAAUAUACGGUGAAUGCUUCAGAAACAAAACUCAAAAUGCACAUCUAUGUCUAUCUAUUUAAAGUUGUUUAAGUCUUAUAACUUUGGUACAUGCAUUAAGCUAUAGGAUAUAAAGAUAAAAUUCCUUCGAAAUAUGCUAAAUGCAAUCUGAGCACAAUACUUUUGGUCCCUCAUAAGAAAUUAGAACUUAUGUGUUCCUAUGAAAAAAAUUAUUACUUUGAUACAGAAGCAAAAAAAAAAACGAUUUGGUGAUACUUGUCCUUGAAGUAUUUCUCAAAAAGCUACUUAGCUGGUUUUAAUAGAGUAGUUCGUCAACCCAAAUUGUUUUCACGCGGAAAAAAUAACGAAAAACAGCUAAUUACAUUUCACCUUUCUAAUCACAUAAAGAAAAACACGAUGAUUUCCAAAAUAUUUAAAUUGUAUAUAGUGUGUAAAUAUCUACGAAGAUGGUAUAUGAAUGUACAUAUAUAUGUAUGUAUGACAAACUGGAAUAUAUUGUAAAAAGCUUGAUGAUCUGAGCGAUGAAUUAUUUUUUUACAUACGUACGUGCACAUGUUUUGUAGAGAAUACAUGGCUAUAUAUAAAAGAUACUAAAAUCAAAAUGAGUAUAUUGCUCACAUUUCGCCUCAUAAAUAUUUUUAGUUGUACGCAAUCGGCGGUAUUGAUUUAAAUUAUCACUCGCAAGAGGCCCAAAAUGAAAUAAAGUUAAUUUAUUUAAUUUAGGUGCAGGAAUCACAAGGCCCGAAGGCCACGGUCGGGUAUGUCUUGCAAUUAAUAUGGUACAUAUUAUUAUAUACAGAUAUAUGUACAUAUAUUACGAAAAUUAUAAUUUACUAGAGUACACAUAUGUACAUUCAUUUGUAGAUAUGUAUGUAUGGACGUGUGUAUUAACAUAUAUCCAGUGUGUGAAAUGUAAAGGUGAACUCGAAUAGCAAGCAUAAUUUCCAAAUAUACUCAUAUAUAUUAAAUUAUAUUUAUAUAAAUAUAUGUAUGUAUGUAUACUAGUAAAAUAUCCAUACAAAUAAUUGUGGCGAACACUGUCAUAUGUACGAGCAGUUUUGUGUUUUGUUGAUUUUUCGAAAUCACCUUCGGACAUUCCGUUUUUGUUUUCUACGUUUCAUUUGGCAUAAACGAGAUUAUAUGAGAUCAUUCUAUUUGAAUUUAUGCAAACAACACUCUAUAUAAACGUGAGUAUACGUAUUCACAAACAUUUGUUCAGUGUGCGAUCACUGCUGUUGUCUGACGGGUUGUAUUCUAGAAAUUAGCCUUUUAAUAAGUCAAUUGAUAUACGCAAAUAAGUAAAUUUGUGUGUAUAUUUUCGUAUUUUAAUAAUUUAUAUAUAAGCCAAUACAUAUAUUACAUACCUACAUACAUAUGUAUAUGGAUACCAUGUUCGACAUUUCCAUAAAAUUGCGCGAGUAGAUGCAAGUACAAAUAUGUGUACAUAAGUAAUUUAAUUUUCCUUGAAAUUGUAUAACGCACAUUGCACAAUUACCUUUUAACGUACAUUUAUGUAAUUUUAUUUCCCAUUAAUCACAAACACGAAUAGUGUGCUUGAAUUGCUUCUUUCCAAACUUUAUUUUAAAUAUUAAAUUUAAAUUUAAUGUUUUUGCCAGUAAUCAACAAAUGAAAAUUCAAAAACCUACUCAAGUGGCCUUGUAGGCACACGUGUAUGUACAUAUGUACAUACCAUAUAUUUCUAAUAUCUGUGUAUAUUCCUUAUAUACACGUACCUUAUAUACAAAUUUGUAUAUAUAUGUAUUAUUUUCAUAUAAAUAUAGAUUUAUUUUCACUGAAUGAUGAACAGAGAUAUGAAAACAGAUUUUUCAUUGUGAUUUCAAUUAAGUCUAAUAACCGUAUUUUGACGCUUCUCCACCCAGUCAUGCAUGUAUAAAAUUAUAGUAUAUAUACGUAUGUCCAUAUGAAUGUAUGUGCUAUAUACAUUUUUGUGUUUGCAUACCACUUACGGGAUACAAAUGCGUGUGCAUGUACACACAGUGUUACAUAAUUCUAUAUGUUAUUAACUAAGGUUACAUUACGUUCUAAAUUUCAUUUAUAAGCAUCUCAUCGUUAUACGAUUUUAAAUACCAUUACAUAAAAAAGUUCCAAUUAAUAUAAAAAUAUUACGCCUACAAAUAUGGCGCUAAAUUCACUUGACCAAAUAAAACCUUUAUUUUAGUUUUGAGAACUUUCAAUAUUUCUUUAAAAAGGUCAAAAAAUAAUUAUAUAAAUUGUAGUGUAUUAUAUAAUGAUCACAUUAGUCAUAAUGUUUUAUAAUUUUUUCAAACAAAAAUUAUAGAAUUCAUCUCCAACAGCCUCAGUAAUUUUUUGUCAUUGUAAUAUUUUUUAUAUAGAAAAUACCGUUAUGUCCAUUUGGCGAUAUUUACGUAGCGUGGGUAGUAUCGACUAUGCGUGAUAAUUUACAAUAUAAUAUUAUAUUAGUUAAAAUUUUGUCUCUCGAUAUCGAAAUAGUAUUACUCGCCAAAAUAAACUUCGGAAAGACCUGUUAGGGAAAGGUAAGGUAAAUAAAUCCAAAAAGCCUUAGAUAAGUUCGUUCGUUUCUCUCUCUACCAUCUAAUUGAGUCAUGUUCAUAAUACCUCUGUAUGGACUACUCUACCGUAACUAAGCCAAAAUUAUUUUUUGUCUCAUAUGAAUGGCAGAUCACGAAUACUAGAAGAAUAUUGAACAAACAUCUACUGAAAUGUUAACGCCAUAAAAUUUUUAUAAAUACUAUUAAUAAUUUGUAUUUUUUACGCAUCACUUUUUGAAAUUAAAUCCUCCUUCUACUUGUAAUGGUAUGAAGGCGUUUGGGUAUAUCUAUCCACAAAUAUACAUUUUAGUGUGUCAUACUCCAACAAAUAUUUACCUGUUAAAGCAGAUAAUUUAGACGCCUACGUGAAAUAGCUUCUUGAAUGAAAAUAUGGAUUACACAAUAAAUUGAAGCAUAACUGCCAUCAUAGCAUACGUAAGCUUAUACGAGGUAGUAUUGGCAAUUAUUAAUACUGAAAAUUCUAUAAAAAAAAUUCCUCACUAUAAUUAACUAUAUAUGUAUGUACAUAUAUGUAUAUUCACAGAUAGAAUUAAAUUUUACAAUAUUACCAAAGUUUAAUAAAAAUAAAAACCAAAGCAAGAAAGCUGUAAAAAUAUAAAGCGAUUAUAUUUUAUUUCAUACAAAUUUAGUUUUUUCUUUCGUAACAAAGUAAAAAUGUCUUAAUUCAAAAGUAAACUAAAUUCAAGUAUAAUAAAUUAUAUUACUACAAUUUAUUUUACUUUAAUAUUUGCUGAAGAAGAAGCAAACUAAGUUCAUUUCAUUUCACUCGUUGUUUAUGGCCAUUGUUUGCAGUAGUCAGAGAAGUAUUGAUUUUCAAAUUUCAAGUGUCACAUCAUAACGGAUAUGACGAACAUCUGCAUUUUUAGAAGUAGUUCAAUUCAAUCACUCAAAUUUGUAAUUGUUUCCUUAAAUUGGACAUUGAUUCCUUGAUUAAGGAAUGCAGUAUACGACGAGCUCAGAAAAUUACUCCUCAUCAAAAAGAGGCGAUUCACCUGCAAAAUGGGGUAACAAGGAGGAUAAAGGCUAUGUGUACAAGAAGUCAUCCUAUCAAUAUUCCAAUUCGGGUAAUAACAACAUAGCAAGUAUGAAUAAGUCACUGGAUACAAAUAUUGAUCAAUUGGAUGCUUUAUUGGAAGACUUGAAACAUGAGCGUCAAAUCACAAAAGAUAAAGAUAUUUUAUCAAAUUCUGCCAAUUAUAGAGCGAUGGAACGGGACCGAGAACACGUUGAACCUGGUGGCACUGUUAUGAAAACCAUGCGAGUUAUGAAAACAUCACAACGGUCAAUUCCACAUCCUUUGCAGGACGAAAUUGAACGCUUUUCGACAUCAGAAUACAGUACUCUAAAGUCGAAUGGUUAUCCUAGCAUUCAACGUGACUAUCAACCGAAUGAAAAACUCUACGGAUCUAGUAACGUCUAUGAAAGCAAGAACAAAUUGUAUGAAAGCAACUGCAUUAUUGACAGUACAGACUUGGUUCCAUCCGGUACCACAACCACAACAACAACAACUCAGCUAGAGAAAGAUCUUCAGAAUUUGCCUUUGACUGAAGAUAUAUUGCCACUACCUGGUACCAAAGUUACCACUACAGUUCGUACCUAUACUUACGAAGUACCAGCCAUCGGCACACUAAGCCGAGGUACUCCUUUAACUUCAAGCACUCGCUACAACACAAUUCAACGUAAUGAAGUUAACAGCUCCACACUACAGUCUAGUCCUAUCGCAACCCAAGUCUCUCCAGUGGUACCACAUACUGUUGUUUAUAAUACGGAAAGCUAUUCUACAACUAAUAGGACUAAUGAGCGUCCCAUAACUACAAAUCACUUGUAUGAAGUGCGGGAGAAUCGCGAAACAAACACUCUUCAAAAGAAUUUACCAUUACAACAACCGCGUAGCCCUCAACCAAGUGGCAGCAACAGAACUAUUAGUUAUAAAAUGAACACAACUGAAAAUAUUCACACCGGACCAGAGUUCAGAAGCUUUCCUUCUCAACGGUCUCCAGAGUAUCCCAUACACCAAGAACCACCACAAAAUGGACCAUAUAGCCAAACGCAUGAUACUUAUCCUCCUGGACCGACAACCACAAAAUAUAUUUAUAAAGAAACCUCAAAUGUGGUGAACACUAUCCAUGGAUCACCAGUUCGUCCAUCAGAUACGCAGCCCAGAUAUUUACCACCAGCCAACCCUCAAAACAAAUCACCGCCAGCAGGAUAUCUACCCAGUGGUAAUGGCUAUCCCCCACACGGGCCUGCUAACACUUCUCAAGUAACAUAUAAAUAUUCAUCUUCAUCUACAUCAAACACUCGUCAAGGACCAGACAGUUCAUAUGGAAAACCAUCACCAACCACCCAACCAGCACCAUUUCCCGUUGAUGGAGUCGAGUAUCCAACUAAUACCAGUCCACCGCAGAAAGUUGACGAACUCAUGCAGUCAUUUGGGCAAGUUGAUUCUGUAGACCGAGCUGACCUGUCUACUCCACGUAAACGGGAAAUAGAAACCGCUGUGGCAACUCCAAGUCAACAUGUUCCUACAAUAAAUAAGGCGGGAAAAGAAGUUUAUUACCCACCUGGACAUGAAAUAAUGUUAACAAAACGUGAAGAAAUGGCUGCAGGGUCAGCGGCUGGGGGACGUUGGGCUAAAGGCUCUGGAAUGUAUGAGUACGAGUCCGGGUAUAAAUCAAAAACUAAAACUAAACAAGGAGGUGCAGUGGUUCCUAUUUGUUUACCACUUUGUUGUGCUAUGCCAUGCUCCAUUAUGUAAAUCGAAAUCAAAUUAAUUUUUUGAAAUAAAUUCUCGAAUGUAAAUAUAGAUAUAUGUAUGUACAUAUGUAUGUACCACUAAUAUUAAAUAAUACUCCAUACACUCUCUAAAUAAAAUUUAGUACACAUUGAGAAAUUUACAAGACAAUAAACAAAUAUACAAACCAAUUUUGGAAGCGAUGAUAAAGAUUAGACAUUUUUAAUAAAUUAAUGAAACUAAAAAAUCGAUAAA